AUGCGUGGAAUUCACUUUUUCCUCCUGGCGCUGGCAAGUUACAGCGCGAUUGCAAGCGCUGAUCAAACCGUCGAGACUUCAAGCUUGGUGAAUCAAUCGCCUUACGAACGCGUAAAUGAAGGCCACCGCCAUCUUAAAGGAAGUACUGAGCUGGGUGGCAAGGGCGAAGAGAGGGCGAUCACGACUCCCCAGCUUGGCCAAUUUUCGGCUUUAUUCGAGACCCCAAAGUUCGCGAACCUUCCGUUGAUUAAGCAGCUCAACACCGUCCAACUCAAACUCGGUAGCAAGGCAGGAAAGGCGUAUUUGGCUUUUGUGAAAAAGCGCAACAAUGGUAACAUGAACAACUUUAUGUAG